AAUAUGUUAGUAGUAAUAAAUAUACUAGUACCAAAAUUAAAAAUUGAACGCUGCAUUAGAAGCAACAGGUUUCAAAAGUUAUUGAUUUUUUGCUAAAGGUUAGCUUGUAUAGGACACUUGCCGACAAAAUGUACCGCAUAUCUGUGUUACUUGGAUGGUACCUUUUUAUAGGAUUUUAUGGGAUUUGUAAAAGUGUUGCUGAGCAAACUCCUGUUACUUUCACGUUUAAAGAAUACCAGUACAAAGAUUCUCCUAAAAACGAAAUGACUUUUCGGGAAUUCGAAACUGCUUGUGAGCAGAGCAGCGCCUGUAGCCACAUGACCGGCCUUGCCCGAACGCGUUGUGUGAGGGAGUGUGUUUCCCCUUCGUGUUACAGGGAACUUUAUCAAACUGAUCCGCUUGAAGAUGGUGAAAUAGAUGUACGAUUGAACUCAUUUAAAGGUUGCUUCAUUCAAAGAAGUGGCAGAACUAGAAACUGAUUUAGUCAUGGCGUCGUCUCUUCUUUAGUCUUGACUUCUAAUAAAAUUAGGAAGAUACGUAACAAGAUAAAAUUUAUAUUAGCACUCUUCUAUGGCCUUAUAACUCAGAGAAAAACUUUCAUAAAUUACGUAGCAGACAAUAUAUCAUAACUAUCAUAAGCAAUAAUAUAUUUCGAUUCUAAUCUGCUUGAACUUUCAUGAAUAAUAGAAGAAAGUUUGUUAAUAAUGUGACAUCUAAUGGAACUAAAAUGGAUUGUUCUAUAUUUAGGACAACAAAUAAGUAAAUAAGAAGCACUUUUUGAAUUAUUGUAGAUCAUGUUUUUUAUAAUUAUAAUUAAAUAAAC